CUAGGGGUUAAGCCCAAGGAAAGAAUGGAGCUUUCGCGUGUCCGCCAUUCUUCCUGGAUCCCCGAUGGGGAGAGCUCAUUCUUAUCCAGCAAAUGCGAUCAUAAGAGAUUUAUCAGGUUGAGAGUAAAGCUUGUCAGGUGUUCUACGACUUUAGCAUCGUCUCCAGGAACUUUGGACCUUCUUUCUCCGCUCGAGCAGCUCACCACAGCCGAGCCUCGUCCAGUUUUGAAGCUGGCCAAGGCGUUUGCUCCAGCCACUGUUGCCAACCUCGGACCCGGCUAUGAUUUUCUGGGCUGUGCCGUCCAAGGCCUCGGGGACUUUGUCACGGCCGAGGUUGACGAGGGUGUAGAGCCGGGGAAAGUCCGUAUCAAGAACAUCACCGGUGAUAGUGGGCGAUUGAGCUACGAGCCGCUGAAGAACUGUGCUGGAAUCGCCGGCAAGAGCACCAUGGAGCUCCUCGGGAUAAAGUCGGUCGGGCUCUCUCUAUCGCUGAGCAAAGGCCUUCCUCUGGGAAGCGGGCUUGGAUCGAGCGCCGCCAGUGCAGCAGCGGCGGCGGUAGCAGUGAACGCGCUGUUUGGAAGUCCGCUGUCCAAGAUGGAGCUCGUUUACGCCGGACUCAAAUCCGAGGCAGUUGUCAGUGGCUACCACGCCGACAACAUUGCGCCUUCGCUCAUGGGAGGCUUCGUUCUCGUCAGAAGCUACGCUCCACUCCAUCUCAUCCCUCUCGUCUUUCCCAGCGGCAAGCAGCUCUUCUUCGUCCUGGCCAUUCCAGAGUUUGAGGCUCCAACAAAGGAGAUGCGAAAGGCGGUGCCUCAGAUGAUCGAGCUCAAGAGGCACACCGCCAAUUGCAGCCAGGCGGCGGCGCUGGUUGCGGCUAUCCUGGGUGGAAACGCUGCUCUCCUCGGCGAAGCUCUCGCGUCCGACACCAUUGUGGAGCCUGCGAGGAGUCCUAUGAUACCGGGGAUGGCGGCCGUGAAGAUCCAGUCCAUGAAACAGGGAGCUUACGGGUGCACGAUCAGUGGUGCCGGUCCGACCGCUGUGGCUGUCACGGAUGACGAGAGCAAGACCGAAGCUAUUGGUGCGAGCAUGGUGCUGGGAUUCCGCGAGCAUGGAAAUCUGCGAGCUGGCUAUUCGGUUCAUAAGCUCAGCAAGGACGGGGCUAAAGUUGUCGAGAGUUUGGAUUUCUAGUUGAUAUAAUGAGCUCAAGGCUCCUUUGCAGAUUGAAGUUAAUGAAGUUUCUUAAACCUUCACAUUC